UGAAAUUUUAGAAGCCCUCUUAAAAAAUCUUUCUAAAUUAUCCACAAUUCUGUUUACAAAAUAUUAAAUUUUAUUGUUUUUUUUUUAUAAAAAUAUGUCUGAUGUGGAAUUGUGGUUACAUUUUACUAUCUGUUAAAUUUAAUAGUAGUUUACUAGUAAUAUUUGUUUAAUAAUGAUAUUGUGUUUAGUACUUUUUGAGAACUUCACCAUGUUUUACUGAAAUUUGGAAUGAAAUAUUACUAUUUAUGAAUGAACAUAAUUUAGAUAUUGAAAUUUCAUCUCAAGAUUCAAAAAGAAAAAGAUUGCAACCCAAUUCUUUGAAAAAUUUUGUUGUCUCUACUCCUACUAGUGAUCAAUAUAAAUCCAAUGAAAAUAUAAAAAAAAUUAGUGUCGAAGAUCAUUUUAGAACUUCAGCUUUUUUUCCAAUUAUAGAUGCUAUAGUUGAAAAUUUAAAGAAAAGGUUUUCGCAAGAAAGUUUAACUAUGGCUUCAUCAGUUGAUUUUUUUCUUAAUUUAAACUUCAAGGAAAGUUAUCAUUUUAUUGAUCAUUAUCAUGUAAGUUACUCUUAUUAGUUUAAAUAUCUAAUACUUUGUCUGUUUAUAGUUAAUUAUUACCUAUUUAAUACUCCCAUUUAGUCUUCAAUGGAUGUAUCUAAAGAAUGUCUUAAUUGUGAGAUGACAGUUGCUAAAAAUGUUAUUUUACAAUCCAUUGGUCCUGAUGCGGAUAUGAAUGUCGAGAAU